AUGUUAUAUAGGAAGAUUAAGAUAUUAAGUCUGUUUUUCAAUUGUGUUCUGAUGAUAUAAGACAUAAUAAUGUAAUUAUUUAUAAUUUUUGUCUUUAUUUAAUCAAAAUUCCAAUCAGAAAUUCCUCAAUUCUUAAUAUGUGAAUUAGUUAAUAGGAAUGGAACAUCUUAAUAUGAUCAAAUAGAUUCUAGAAUAUCUUAUGAAUCUCAUCUGUAAUUAAACAAAAACAUAAGUUGA